UCCCCAUAAUAUUUUAGCUAACAUGAGUGGAUCUGGGAAAAAGGCUGUCGGAGCACCGGCUGGUGGUGUUGUGGAAUGGAUAAGUACAGCUUGUCGAUUUGCUACAGAUAGGAAUGAUUUCCGAAGAAACCUACUGGUAAAUCUAGGCCUUUUUGCAGCUGGAGUUUGGGUUGCCAGAAAUCUCUCAGAUUUUGACCUGAUGUCCCCUCAACCAAUCACCUAGAUGAAGACCUGGUUGGAUUUCCUAAGAGGUGUUUCGGACCGAAAUGGCACUGACAAGGGACAUCAUAUUGACUUAAUUUUUACUGAGUUAGCAUAAAAUCCUUGUUUGUUGGUAAUUAAAUGUUUAUUUAAAAUUA